CGCGCGCGCGACAGUGCAGCAACAUUGGGCGGUGAAGCCGCUCUCGGUCGCCAUUUCCGUUUCUGCCGCCGCUCGUGUGUUUGGAUGUGCGUUCGUGGAAGGUUCAGAAGCCGAAGAGCGCGGAAGCUAUUGCGCCCAGCGUGGUAAACGCCCCUGGUUUCAUUCCUUCACUUGCGGCCGACUGCAAGCCUUCAACCAUGAACUACGGCCGGGCACCGCCGCAGAUCGACGGCAUGACGUCGCUCAAAGUGGACAACCUCACUUACCGCACCACGCCGGAGGACCUGAAGCGGGUCUUCGAGAAGUACGGGGACGUCGGCGACGUCUACAUACCGCGGCAUCCGUACACGCGAGAAAGCCGUGGCUUCGCCUUUGUGCGAUUCUACGACAAGCGCGACUGCGAGGACGCCAUGGACUCGCUGGACGGAUACGUCCUGGACGGCCGCGAACUGCGCGUCCAAAUGGCGCGCUACGGGAGGCCGUCGGACCCGUACCGCCAGUCGUCCUCGCGAAAUGCCAGACAGAGCCGCCGUUCCCGUUCUAGGUCGAGGAGCCGUGGACGUCGAUCGAGGAGCCGGCGCCGUUCAGCGUCUAGAAGCCGUAGGCGUUCCAGGAGCCGGUCCCGGCAUCGCCGAUCAAGCUCCCGGUCUCGCAGGUCAAGGAGUCGGUCAAGGGAGCGUAAACGCUCCCGCAGCCGCUCUCGCAGGAGCCGAAGCCGGUCCCGGGAUCGUCGCAAGAGUCGCAGCAAGUCAAGGGAGAGGAGCCGCUCACGUAACCGCGAGGCUAAAAGGAGCCGUUCCAAGUCGAGAAACAGAAGCCACUCAAAAUCUAGAGAACGCAGUCGUUCUAAGGAGCACGGCGGAUCAAAGUCCAAGCGGCGCAGCCGCUCAAAAUCGAAGGGCCGUCGCAGCCGUUCCAGGUCAAACGACCGUAGCCGAUCCAAGUCUAAGGAAAGGAGCCGAUCCAAGACCAAGGAGUAUCGCUCUAAGUCCGAUGAGCGUGGUCACAGCAAGGAUCGCAGCCGAUCCAAGUCCAAGGAGAGGGGUGAGAGCAAGCGCAAGAGCCGAUCCACAUCCGCUGAUCGCGGCCAACGACAGAGUCGUUCCAAGUCCAAAGAGCGCAGCCGCUCCAAUUCCAGGGACCGCAGUCGUAGCCGCAGCCGGAGCCAUCAAGACGGCAACCAGCGGGACCGCAGCAGCCGCAGUCGAUCCCGCAACGGAGAUGCCCACAGCCCAUCGCAGAGCCCCCGAAAGAUGGCAGAGGAUAGGGCGGAUUCGAGGUCAAGGUCGCGCAGUCCAGGAGUAAAGCACAGUUCACCGCCUCCUGAUGCAGCAGAGUCCAACGGUGAUCGUGAGAUGCGUUCGCCUGAGCGAGACCGCCGCUCACGGUCCAAAUCGCAGGACUCCGACUGAGACAUGCCCUGAGGUGUGAAGGGCGUUGGUUAAAGGCGUUGGUGGCUCUGUCGAAACGCGGCGGACACCAAGUACGAGUUCCCGGCUGCGCUGUGUUCGGGCGGUGGUUUCCAGAGUGCGGGGACGUGUGCUGAAGCUUGCGUGCAACCCCCAACCCACUUGCUCAUCACCUCCAGGCUUUAUUCAUUUUUUUUUUUCAUCAGCCAUUUGCCUUCUCUCUACUAAAUUUUAACGACAAGGAUGUCUUUUUAGAGUAAUUGGCAGAUGUCUUGGACACAUGUAUUGAGCUAAAGCGUGCAUCUUUCAGGCAAAUCUUUAGGUUUUCAUUAUUCUUGAAAUGAAAGGAGUUCGAUUAGCCAUGGUGGCUUGGCUUAUAAGCAAAGCUUCCUGAAAUCGCUAGUAUCUCUAACUCUGAGCAGCCUUUUCUGAGUGUGUGCAAAGAGGUUUUUAAAAACAGACCUGGUAACUUGUAGAUUCUCUACACUGCAAGCUACCACCUAAAUAGCAGGCUGGUAUAAACUUUGUGAGAGCACACCAAUACUAUCACUAAUUGGCCCAUUGAAGUCUACUUUAUUUGUUGAAUGCCUGUUGUUUUAAUUGAACGACCAUUUCAAAGGUACUGCUUGAGCAGCGAAGCCUGGUUGUUCGAGGCAAGAGAUCGAGAAGGCCGAGCGAGCGGUUUGGGGGUCGGAAAGGGCGUUGGCGAUCCGGGCGAUUUCGGGCUCCUCGUGGAGGCAGUUUGCAGCCGGAGCAGUGGCAUGCUGUUUGGUGUGGUUCCGGCGUGUUGCUGAUUUGCAGCCUGUGCGAGAGAGAAAACGAAAAAAAUGCCGGCGUAAGUAGUUUUGAUCAAGAUGAUGGUGAGCCGAUUGUUCUUGACUGAGUCUUGCCACAGGCUGGGGCAUCUUCCUUCCUGAGGCGUGCGUGUCGUGUAGCGGCCCCGGCCGUAGUUCCGGCUGGCGUUCCAGCUUUGGCUCGUGCGAUACAGCGGUCCUGGCAUGCUUGCUGAACCUGUGGUGCCGAGUUCCGCGUGGUGGGGGCGUUUGCUGAAGGAGCUGUGUGGUUUGGUUCCACAGCUUUUUUUUUUUUUCUCUCUUCAUUUCUCCCUCUAGGUGCGGCAUCCCUGAAGACCAAAAGAAGCAUUUGAACAAGCAUUUGCACAGAGUAGAGUAUGCAGAAUGACUUGGCCUUUUUUUUUUUCUUUUGUCUGGCAUUCUUCACAAGUCUUGGCUCGAGCCAAGACAUGAAGUGCUACGAGCACUUCGCUUGUACAAGGGUAUGCCUGGAGUUACGGCAUUAAACGAAAAUGUUAAUUGUUCAGCUGCAUCUCAGAAUAAUGUGUUGACAUUGUUGCUGAGACAGGUCACAAUAUUGUUGUCACUUUGUGGGAAAUAUCUUAUCCGCAGGCAUCUCCUGCAGUGAUGCACAUUGUUUGAGGCUGGUAAACGGGAGCUCGAAUUUGAUUGCAUGUUGGCUUCAGAACUGCAGCACAGAUUUCGAACAGUUGACAAAAAGGAGAUGCAAAAGGCCUGGUAUAGUAAGUUUUAAAAAAUCAUUCCAUUGUAUACUCCGUUUAUAACCACCGUCUCAAAAAAUUAUUCAUUGUGCCUUUGAUAGCACGAAACUUAUUUGACUUACUGAUUGGUGCUUUUUUUUUUUUUAAAUUAUCUCUAACACUGACUGUACAGCAGGCCUCUGUUAUCUGCAUGCUCUGCUCUUGCGAGAAUUGAAUAAAUGUGUUCAUCCUUCAAA